GAUGCUGAUAUGGUGGAUAAGAAUAAGUGCUGCACACUGUGUAACAUGUCUUUUACCUCAGCAGUGGUGGCUGUCCAUUAUCAAGGCAAAAUCCACGCCAAAAGGUUAAAACUGUUGCUAGGAGAGAAAACACCAUUGAAGACUACAGCAACACCCCUGAGUUCACUCAAGCCCCCACGGGUGGAAGCUGCUCCAGUGGUUGCAUCUCCCUAUCAAAGAAGAGAUUCAGACAGAUACUGUGGGCUCUGUGCGGCCUGGUUUAAUAACCCUCUGAUGGCCCAGCAGCAUUAUGAUGGCAAGAAACACAAAAAGAAUGCWGCAAGGGUUGCUUUACUAGAACAACUUGGGACCACCCUGGAUAUGGGGGAACUAAGAGGUCUGAGGCGCAAUUACAGAUGUACCAUCUGCAGUGUCUCCCUAAAUUCAAUAGAACAGUAUCAUGCCCACCUGAAAGGAUCUAAACACCAGACCAAGUAG